ACGUUUAGUUUUGCUGAGUCAUACAUAUGUUAGAAUAGUAGUACGAAUACUCUGUAAGUUGAUAACCAAACCAAAAAUAAAAAACCAUCGGGACGUAAGUCGCAGUUAGAGAACCUCUGAAAUGCUCAACCAGUCAACAAGGCGACAGCUGCACCGUUUACUUAGUCGCAAGCGAAAAACACACACACGCUUGGCUACCCGCACAGCAGAGCAAUGUUCAUCAUCAGCAAUCAGCCCAUCAUUGAUCAGUGCAAAUGCGGCAACGUGUGGGCCACACCACCAUCGAGCAUCGAGUCUUCUGGCGAGCGUGUGAAGAGGGAGAAAGCAUCAGUUGAAAACCCCGACCGGUACUCGUACAAUGAUCGGCAGAACAAAGCAGUCUUGCGUUUUGCGAAAGAUCAGUUGGUGUCGUGUUAAUCCCCGGUGCAGUUCAGUGCGCGCAAUUGGCAUCGUCUCAGCGUUCAUCCUUGAGGCCGGACGGACAAAGAGAAGUUAAUUUCAACAGCUUGCGGUCAAUCCGAUUCCCAGUUUAGGAAAGCCAGACAUCGUCUGGACAGAUCUAGAAUCCGUUUUGGUGGAGGGACAGACUACGUGAGCACAGUCAGAGACGCCAACGCUGCACACACGCACGGAGGGACGAAAACCGCUAGAGGAAAAACGUGGUAGCAAACGUGGUUUUGGCAUUCACGGACCGUGCUCGCAGAAAAGAUCCCAAAAUCAGCUACUUCGGCUUCCAGGGAAGCAAAUGCACUACGGGAAGUGACGGCCGGAUCGAAACCGAACAGACCAGGAUCGGCAUUGCAGAUUUUGGUCGGUCAAUAAACAUUCGCUGGAAGGUAUCGGGAAAAAGCAGGCACGACGACCAUUACGCCAAGGAGAGCGUACGCGCAACCAACACGGCCAACUGGCCAAAGAGCGAUUGCAGCAACGGGACAGAAAAGAGCUCCUUAAAAGGGGCUCUUUUUUACUUGCAGUCUUUGGGCACUCGUGACUCAAUCGGAGGUCAAUCGCUGAACACCGGGUCGCAUUCCGCGGAGCAUUUACGAGCGCGAGGCGGUAGCAGAGAGGAGAGGUCAUCGUCCGGCUGGGAGCGAAUUCUACACCCCACGGCCGAGGAGGAACGAAUAGGAUCCGUGGUAUUCGAAGGCUUGGUUUUGAGGAACAGUAGCGACCGGUAGAACCUCGAACCGGUGCAUGCCCACCAAGCAUGAGCAGCGAUGGACCGAUCUCCAGCACCCAACGAGCAUCUGCGAUCAUCCGUUCAGGAGAGGUCCGUGGUUUCUGCAAAGCGGCGCCGAUGGUAACCGUGAGUCAAACCCAUUGUAAACGCUUAGAUUAAGUUGACUAGAAUAGGAGAGCUAGGAACACAGAGUAGGCGACAUGUUAAGCAAAACCCUAUAAUACAUGUUUGUAGAAUGAGAUUUUCGUUUUGGUUUUUUGUGGUGCUUUAGCCUUCAGUGUUUGUGAUCCGAAUCCCAUUUCGCUUAUGGUAGCAUUGCUCUACCGGGUCGGGAACUUGCAACACUGGCGCCCAACUGAAAAUCCACACAUUAUGAACUACCGUUUAGCGUUUUGAGUUUUGGUUUUGUUGAGAUUUGGAUUUGUGCAAUUUCGAUUAUCUGGCAUACGAUUAUCGAAACAAUUUUAGCCCUUACGCAUAUAAGAUUCAACAUAAGACAUGGAUUACACACACUUAACAGAUGAGGAGGUGACGUAUGAGUUGGCUCUGCGUCACGUGGUAAAUUUAGGGCCUACCACCCACAGAGGAAAGGUCCUCCGUCUAAAGGCACUCGUCCAGGAGGAAGCCUUAAGAGAUAACCAGCCCACUAGCUCAGCCCAUGUAAUGAGUCCACAGUCUAACAUUGAACACUGUGAAACUCAGAUACAGCAGCUGCACAUUAGCACUGAAGCGGCCAUUCGAACAGCCGAUAGGGCUGCAAUCAGUCAAAGCCGAACGCGUCUUAUCCACUAUCGCGACAGAUUACGGUUAAUCCACCCUCCGGUCGAACUGAGAGAGCUGCAUGGGAUGCUAACCAUGCACGUGACGGUUUUGCUCAACAAAGUGAAUGGUACUAGUGUAGUGAGUUGUGUGCAACGAGGUGAAAAUGAGGUGAACCACACAAGUUCAACGGGUGCCAUAAGAAGAAGCAACAACGAAGAGGAAGGAGCAGUCGGUGGAACGGCGGAUGCCACGAUUCCAGUGGGCAACAAUUCAAAUCAAGAAUCCACACCACCGCCAGCAUCACAGCCGCCUCUGAUGACGUCAUUCUCGGGUGGACAGGGACGAGGAUUGCUGUUUUCGAGUUCGUUUCGAGCGCGAGACAACGAAGAUGGAGGUGAAACACAGCCUAGACAACGGAACACCUCACCACCGCCUCCCUACCUUCCACGGGAGCGAGAAACAUGGAACCGGACAGCUCGAGAAACACAAUCACGAGAAGUUCACGAGCUGCAAUCGAGAUUAGUGGAGAUGCAGGAAAGAGAGCAGCGGAUGCACGAAGAAUACUGCCGAAUGCGGGACGACCUGGAGCGGCUAAUCCGGCGAGAUCGACCAGCACCGGAACGAGCGGACGAUCGCCGAAUACAGAAGGCGGUGCACAACUGGCCUUUCAAAUUUCGCGGCGAGAAGGACACGACAUCACUCAACGUGUUCCUAGAUCGCGUGGAGACAUUCGCGAGGUCGGAAGGUAUGAGCGAUGCCACACUCCUGAGUUCGAUCAAGCAUCUACUCCAGGAGGACGCAAUCGACUGGUACUCGCGAGCAACAUCGCAAAACCUGUUGCGGACCUGGGACCAGUUCAAGCGAGAGAUCAGAAGGGAAUUCCUGCCCAGCGGAUACUCCCAAAUUCUGCGUCUGGAAGCCAGCUUUCGAUUUCAAGGAAGGGAGGAAUCCUUUGCGAAGUUCUACCGAGACAUCUCAGCGCUCUUCCGCUUCGUCGAUCCACCCAUUCCAGACGACGAAAAGUUCUUCCUGGUGAAGAAAAACAUGAACGAGAACUACGCAGCCAUCGUAACAGCAGCGAGGCCUCGUUCACUGGAAGAAAUGGUGGAAGUCUGCACCGGAUACGACGAGACGAGGAUGCUUCUGAACAGGCAACGCAGGAUUCCCAUUCCGCACAGCGCGCUUCUGGAACCGAACUUCGCUACACCAGUAGUAACCAGCAGACCACCACCGAUACAGCAUCACCAACAGCCACAGCGAUUCAACAGAGUUCACGCCGUGGAGGUAGAAGAAGGCGCAUUCGAGCACGAAGCAGCGGAGGAAGGACCAGAAGACAAUUGGCAGCACAUCGACGAGCUGGUGGAGCAAGUCAACGCGUUGAAGUUGAACAUUGAGCGGAGAUCUGCGAGACCAAGCUUUGCCGCACGCGACGAAAGGCAGACAAGGCCAACGGAUAGGUACAACCGGACAGAGGCUGACGUCCUGCGAGCAGCGCGGCAGUACACAAGAGAGGCGCAAACGCCGGCACAGCAGCAGCGGCCGCAAACCGCAUCGUACCAGACUCGGCUACCACAACAACAGCAAGAACAGCCGCAAAGAGCACAGGGCUGGCAUGCACGACAGUGGAUGCCAAGCUCGGAUCAGAGCGACAAUAACCGAAGAAGCCAACGUAUGCUGCCAGAACCAGCCAGGCAACGGGAAGAUCGCCAAAUACAACAGGAAGAAGCUCCGAACGGCCAACGAAUAGCAAUGCUUUGCUGGAACUGCGACGAAGAGGGUCACAGAUUCAUGGACUGUCCGAAGCCGCAAGCCAUCCUAUUCUGCUACCGUUGUGGAAGGAAAGGCUACUCGCUGCGCAGUUGCUUCACGUGCCGCAUGGACGCGGUAAACUACCAAGCGGAGAACCAGCAGUAGAGGGGAGCAGCUCUCCGCAAAAUCUCGGAGACCCCUCCGAUAUCCCGGAAUUUCAAAACCUCAACUCAAUCAUUAUCAACCCCGGAAGUGACAAUCGACCGCACGCCGUCAUAUCAGUGCUGGGAAAGGAGUUGACAGCUUUGCUAGACAGUGGAGCGAACUGCUCUCUGCUAGGAGGAAGAAGAGUCGAACUGGCAGAGGAAUGCGGAUUGCAGAAAGGAACCGUCAGCGGCGGAAUAAAGACAGCAGACGGCACGAGACACAGCAUCGCAAACUUCGUCUAUUUACCGAUCGUGUACAACAACCGCAACGAAGUUCUUCCAGUGCUGUUGGUGCCUUCGAUUCCAGACUGCAUCAUCCUGGGAAUGAAUUUCUGGGACAAAUUCGGUGUAAAAGCGGUGUGUUGCACACUCGAAACGGAGCAGGAAGAUCAGAUCAGCGAAGAACAGGAGAUGAAGCAGCUCAGU